CUGGAAUCCCGUUCAUUCGUCAUUAUGGCAUCAGAAGACAAGAACCCUUUAGCUCGAAAACUCAGCAAAGUGCUGGAUACAAGACUGGACAGCAACAAGGACAUGCUAGAUGCUUUGAAGACGCUGUCGGGGUUUUUUACGAAGAAUACUCUCAAGAAUAGGCGCUCCCUGCGAAGUGAUGUGGAGAAACGGAGCCUUGCUAUUGGUGAAAAUUUUGCCAGCUGCUUUGCGGAAGUUAAAAAGGAACUUGACGGCCUCAAAGAAGAUGUUGAAGCUAUGAACGAGUGUUGUGCAUUGAUGACGUCAAGACUAAAGGCUGCUAAGGAUCACACCGUGGACUUACUAGGUCAAACAACGAAAUUACAGGCUCAGAGUCAUGAAUUAGAAAUGCAAGCUGAAGUCGUGGAGGCAUUUCGAAAGAGGUUUCAGUUAAGAGCUGAAGAGAUAGCUGCACUCAGAGAAAGUCAUGUAGGAAACUUGCAUAAGGAUUUCUUUUCAUCUCUUAAUCGCGUGAAGCAAAUUCACACUGAUUGUAGAGUGUUGUUGAGAAGUGAUCAACAGAGAGCUGGAUUAGAGAUUAUGGAAUCAAUGGCUUUAUACCAGGAGGCAGCAUAUGAAACACUGUACAGAUGGACACAGCACACUUGUCAUAGUUUGACAUCGGAUUCUCCAGAUGUUGUACCAGCACUACGUCAUUCUAUGAAAGCAUUCAAAGAGAGACAAGUGCUGUUGAAGUGCUCAUUAGAUGAACUGGCUACUGCUAGAAGGACAGCAGUUGUUCGUAUGUUCAUUGAUGCGUUGACUAGGGGAGGUCCAAUGGGCACACCACGGCCGAUUGAGUUGCACUCUCAUGAUCCAAUAAGGUAUAUUGGAGAUAUGCUGGGAUGGGUACAUCAAGCCAUUGCUUCUGAACGAGAACUCCUCCAAAGCAUUCUGAGUCACGAACAAGUAGAUGAGUUACCAGUCAAAUCAGCAUUGUGUCAUAUUACAGAAGGAGUGUGCCAACCAUUGAAGGUGAGGGUGGAACAAGUGAUCGUGUCUGAACAGGGAGCAGCGACUCUUUAUAAGCUGGCCAACUUGCUUCAUUUUUACUGGAAUAUGAUAAGGAACAUGCUGGGAGACGAAAAUGCGUCCUUGCUUGUUACUAUUGAUGAGUUGAGGCAAGUUGGCAUAAAGUUGUUCUUCAACAGCUUGAGUUGUUAUGCAGCUACCCUCUUGGACAUGGUUGAAGUCCCACCGGCUGACUUGAGCCCAUCGUCAUCUGUUGUCAAUGCACUGUCAAUAUUAAAGGAAAUUUUCCAGUCUCAUGAUGCAUCUGUUGUUCCUAUGGAUAAGAAAAAGGAGAAUUUCACAAGAAUUGUCUCUUCAGUGAUUGACCCACUCAUUCAGGCAUGUAUCAUGGCAGCUUCUGGCUUGUCAGCUGCUGAUAUGGCUGUCUAUAUUAUCAAUUGUAUCUAUGAGAUGCAGAACACUUUGGCUUUGUAUGAAUUUACGGACAAUAGGUUAGAAAUGCUUUCUGCUCAGUGCGAAGCCCAUUUGGAGACACUUGUACAUGAGCAAGCAUCGUACGUACUAAGUAAGUCAGGUUUAGGUUUUCCUCACAUGAUAAUUCAAGAAAAGAAGCACUCUGAGCAACCGUUGUCUAAAGUUGAAGGAAUGAAUGGAGAGUUACUGAGAGGAGCUAUGGUCAAGUUUGAUUCAUUUCUUUCUGUCCCAGACAGUCUGAUGUUGCCUCAAUGUCGUCAGUUACUGAGUACUCGAUUAUGUGAUACGGCAUAUAGGCAGGCCAUGGAGAUGGUGUGUGGUGCUUACAAGGGUGUCUUUGACGCUGUUCACAACCCAAACAAUUUGUACAACGACCCUUCGUGGGUAGUUUCAAGAACACCUGAACAAGUGACUGCAUUGUUAUUGUAAGCGUAGGCAUGCAGUGAUCUGUAGAUAGACAAAUGGUAAUAUCCAGAUGAGUCAAUUCAGAUUUGCUUUCUUAAUUUAAA